GCCGCCGGUCGGGCCUGCGGGUGCUGCGCCGCCGCCUGGCUCUUCAACCCGCUGCCCAUGGCCGUCUCCAGCCGGGGCAACGCGGAGGCCUUGGUCGCACUGCUGGUGCUCACCACCCUGUACUUGGUGGAGGGGGGGCACAUAGGGAAGGCCGCAGUGUGCUACGGACUGGCAGUGCAUAUGAAAAUAUACCCACUAACCUAUGCGCUUCCCAUUGCGCUGCACCUGCAGAGCAAGCGUGGUGGCAGGGAAGGUGCAGUGGGUGCAGGCUGUGACAGAAAAACAAAGUUUACAUUUGUAGGGUACCUCUGGCAGCUCUUUGUAAAGAUUCAGAACCGCAAUACGCUGCUUUUCGGAGCGGUUAGUGGAUCCGUGCUGGCAUCCUUGACUGUUGGGUGGUUUUAUCACCUAUAUGGCUGGGAGUUUUUGGAGCAUGCCUACCUCUACCACCUGAGCCGGAGAGAUAUCCGUCAUAAUUUCUCUCCUUAUUUCUACAUGUUGUAUUUAACUGCAGAGAGCAAAUGGAGUUUUGCCCUUGGGCUCACAGCUUUCCUGCCCCAGCUGCUUUUGCUCCUGAUUGUGUCCGUGGCGUUUUACAGGGACCUUGUCUUCUGUUGUUUCCUGCACACAGCUAUUUUUGUGAGUUUUAACAAAGUGUGCACAUCCCAGUACUUUGUCUGGUAUCUCUGCCUUUUGCCCCUCGUAAUGCCUAGCAUUAAGAUGUCCUGGCGGCGUGCUCUGCUGCUUCUGGUCCUGUGGUUCGUUGGACAAGGCUUGUGGCUCACUUUUGCAUACUUUCUAGAAUUCAAAGGAUAUAACACUUUUAUACUUACAUGGUUGGCAGGGUUGCUUUUUCUUUUUAUUAAUAGCCUCAUAAUUGUUCAGAUUAUUUCACAUUAUCACCAAGAAGCACAAGUUGCAAAAAAACUCAAACAACAGUAA